GGGGCAGGAGGACCAGCGCUUGGAGCCGGGCCGCAGCCCACGACUUCGGGACCGGGCGGCGGCGGCGCUGCUGCUGCCGGACUCGGGCGCGCGGCCCGGCGGGACCGAGGACGGUGGGGCGGCAGGGCGCGGGCGCCGCGGGCCGGGACGCGCCAGAUGAUGGAUUUGGAUGUGCUUCUAUGAAGAAAUGCCACAUGUCUCUACUGGUCCAAGAACAAACAUGUCCAAACUGCUGCCACUUUAGGGGACUAGGGCUUGGUGACAGUGCUUCCCGGGGAAUCAGGCGUGGUCUGACCCAGGAACAGGAAGCACAGCAUCACCAAUGACACCAUGACAGCAAGAGAGCACAGCCCUCGCCAUGGCGCCAGGGCCCGUGCGAUGCAGCGGGCUUCCACCAUCGACGUGGCAGCUGACAUGCUUGGCCUCUCUCUGGCAGGAAAUAUACAAGAUCCAGAUGAGCCCAUUUUAGAAUUCAGCUUAGCUUGCAGUGAGCUGCAUACCCCAUCGCUAGAUCGGAAACCAAAUAGCUUUGUAGCAGUGAGUGUGACCACCCCGCCUCAGGCGUUCUGGACGAAGCACGCACAGACGGAGAUCAUCGAGGGAACCAACGAUCCUAUAUUUCUAAGCAGUAUUGCCUUCUUUCAAGACUCGCUUAUCAAUCAGAUGACACAAAUCAAACUCUCCGUGUAUGAUGUCAAAGAUAGAUCUCAGGGAACAAUGUACUUACUGGGCUCUGGAACGUUCAUUGUCAAAGAUCUGCUCCAGGACAGGCGUCAUAGGUUGUAUUUAACGCUAAGGUCUGCGGAGAGUGACCGCGUGGGUAACAUCACCGUGAUGGGCUGGCAGAUGGAGGAGAAGUCUGACCAGCGGCCUCCCGUGACCCGGUCUCUGGACACCGUCAAUGGGAGGAUGGUUCUGCCCGUCGAUGAGAGUUUGACCGAGGCUUUGGGAAUCCGAUCCAAGUACGCUUCGUUGCGAAAAGACACUUUACUGAAAUCGGUGUUCGGUGGUGCCAUCUGCCGCAUGUACCGGUUCCCAACCACUGAGGGCAACCACCUGCGGAUCCUGGAGCAGAUGGCGGAGAGCGUGCUCUCCCUGCACGUGCCGCGGCAGUUCGUGAAACUCCUGCUGGAGGAGGACGCCGCCAGAGUGUGUGAACUGGAGGAGCUGGGGGAGCUGUCCCCCUGCUGGGAGAGCCUCCGGCGCCAAAUUGUCACUCAGUACCAGACCAUCAUCCUCACGUACCAGGAGAACCUGACUGAUCUCCAUCAGUACAGAGGUCCCUCGUUUAAAGCAAGCAGUUUGAAAGCCGAUAAAAAGUUAGAAUUUGUUCCCACAAACCUGCACAUACAAAGGAUGAGAGUUCAAGACGACGGAGGAGCAGAUCAGAACUACGACGUUGUCACCAUCGGGGCACCAGCAGCACACUGCCAAGGUUUUAAGUCAGGAGGUCUCCGCAAAAAGCUGCACAAAUUUGAAGAGACCAAGAAACACAGUUUUGAGGAGUGUUGUACAUCGUCCAACUGCCAGUCCAUAAUCUACAUACCGCAGGACAUUGUCCGAGCCAAGGAGAUCAUUGCCCAGAUCAACACCUUGAAAACCCAAGUGAGUUACUACGCAGAGCGGCUCUCGAGGGCGGCCAAGGACAGAUCUGCCACCGGCCUCGAGAGAACACUCGCCAUCCUGGCAGACAAGACCAGGCAGCUGGUCACUGUGUGCGACUGCAAGCUGCUGGCCACUUCCAUCCACGGGCUGAACGCGGCUCGGCCCGACUACAUCGCCUCCAAGGCCUCACCCAGCUCAGCCGAGGAGGAGCAGGUGAUGUUGAGGAAUGACCAGGACACCCUCGCGGCCAGGUGGACGGGCAGGAACAGCCGGUCCUCCCUGCAGGCGGACUGGCACGAGGAGGAGUGGGAGAAAGUGUGGCUGAACGUGGACAAGAGCCUGGAGUGUAUCAUCCAGCGGGUGGACAAGCUGCUGCAGCGGGAGCGCCUGCAGGGCGGGGGCUGCGACGACGUCUUCCCCUGCACCAGCAGCUGCACCAGCAGGAAAGGUAACCAGGCCAGCCACGCCUACUGGAUCCGGCCGGAGGACCCCUUCUGCGACACCCCCUCCUCGCCAUGCCCCUCCACCACGCCCCCCGCUGCAUGCCGCCCUCCCCCGACCACACAUCGCAGCCCCCCUCCUGAAGAGUCCAGCCCAGGUGAGUGGAGCGAGGCCUUGUACCCGCUGCUGACCACCCUCACGGACUGCGUGGCCAUGAUGAGCGACAAGGCCAAGAAGGCCAUGGUCUUCCUGCUCAUGCAGGACAGCGCUCCCACCAUCGCCACCUUCCUGAGCCUGCAGUACCGCCGCGACGUGGUCUUCUGCCAGACUCUGACAGCACUCAUCUGUGGCUUCAUCAUCAAGCUGAGGAACUGCCUGCACGACGACGGCUUCCUGCGGCAGCUCUACACCAUCGGGCUGCUCGCCCAGUUCGAGAGCCUGCUCAGCACCUACGGGGAGGAGCUGGCCAUGCUGGAGGACAUGAGCCUUGGGAUCAUGGACCUGAGGAACGUGACCUUCAAAGUCACGCAGGCCACGUCUAAUGCAUCGACUGACAUGCUGCCCGUCAUCACAGGAAAUCGUGACGGCUUUAACGUGCGAAUCCCCCUGCCGGGCCCCCUGUUCGACGCACUGCCCCGGGAGAUCCAGAGCGGGAUGCUGCUGCGGGUGCAGCCCGUGCUCUUCAACGUGGGCAUCAACGAGCAGCAGACUCUGGCCGAGAGGUUUGGCGAUACGUCUUUACAAGAAGUUAUCAACGUGGAGAGUUUGGUGCGGUUAAAUUCCUACUUCGAGCAGUUUAAGGAAGUCUUGCCAGAAGAUUGCCUACCUCGAUCGCGGAGCCAGACAUGCCUGCCGGAGCUGCUGCGCUUCCUGGGGCAGAACGUGCACGCCAGGAAGAACAAGAACGUGGACAUUCUCUGGCAAGCUGCUGAGGUCUGCCGCCGCCUUAACGGGGUCCGGUUCACCAGCUGCAAGAGUGCCAAGGACCGCACGGCCAUGUCGGUGACGCUGGAGCAGUGCCUGAUCCUGCAGCACGAGCACGGCAUGGCCCCGCAGGUCUUCACGCAGGCGCUGGAGUGCAUGCGCAGCAUUGGAACACGGGAGGUAGUCACCCAGAAGAACUUGAGCGGCCUGGUGCCCAUCCGAGACUUAAGACUAGACCCCAGCCUCCUCUGUUCCAUCCCUUUACUCGCUCUGAGCCCCAAUUUACUGAUUGUGUGGCUCUGCCUGAGUAUAGCAUACCUCGUGGCCAAAUUGCGUUGUAAAUGAGUAUCAUUAUGAAAAAUAAUUCACAAGAAAAACAAAAGUGCCAGAACACAUCCAGCCACCGUGUACCUAACUGGACAGAAGGAAUGUGUCCAAGCAUGGUCUGCCAAGAAAUAUUCCAUGCCUUACAGUUUGACAUUUUGUUGUUCUGAAAUGUAAAUACCUGCCAAAUCACUUUAUCAAGAGGGUGUGUUCAUUUAAAUUCUGUAGAGUUUUCAGCGCUUGUGACAUGUUCUUACAGUACAGAGCCCUGUUACUGCUAUGUUUAGCUGGCCUGGAAUUACCUGUACCAAAUCUUUUCUUUCUGAUGUAAAACUAUUUAUUAUCUGUAUAUCUCAUGUGCCCUGUUUCCUAGAGAAAGGAAUUCUGUCUGAAAAGAAUUUGUAUAUUUGACACUAUUUAAAUGUACGGCUACCCUUUCCUUUCCUUUUGAAGAGAAAUGAGUAGGACAGAUGCUUUCUAACCAGCUCUUCUGGAUACACCUAUUGACUAGGACAUGUACUUUCUGCUUUCAUUUCAAAGCGUAGUCCCUGAAAUUACAGUAGCAAACAGUUUGCAGAAUCAUAACAUUUCCUUGCUUAUGUUAUUACUUCCGAGUUGGGAUGACACAAAGCUGUGACUACAGUGGCUCAUUGUACCAAGUUAGGCACAUAAAAACAACAUAUCGCAUGUGACUUUAGAAUUACUCUUUUAUAUCUUCAAGGAUCAUUAAACUGAUCCAGGAAUUAAUGCGUAUAGUAACAAAAGGCUGUUAACAUUAUAUACAUUUAUUUUUCUUGAAAUAGCAUUUUUCAUUUUAAAAACCUGCAUCUUUAAUUCCAGAUUCAAGUCCAGAUAGCUUUUCUCUCUCACAAAUCAAAUAUGGUUAGUAACGAGAAAAAAAUUACCAAAACAUGAGGCCUGCCUUUUGAGUGGUUGUGCCAGGCGGAGCCGAGAGAGAAGCGGUUGCUGUAGUUUCUGCCAUUAUCACUCUUAAUUUUAACACGGCACUGUCCAUAAAACGGGACAACUGUGAUCUUAACAGUCGCGUGCAGAAGGGAGAUGACACAUCUAAGAAGGUCGCUGCACAGACUGCGGGGAAGCCCCCAGAUCUUCUACGAGCAAUGGGCGGUGGCCUGUUUUCUAGCUCGAAUUACGUUGUGCUUCUGUCUUGGCCUCCCGCCGGCGCCCCAUACACUGCAUUUAUGGAAAUGUGUUUCUUUUCACCAGCUUAGAAACACUGCAGUGAAUUUAGAGAAGCUGGCUUUUUCAGAAACUUCACACCCAGGCAGACACACAGACUCAGUCCAGCACGAAGUCUGGCCUUUCCAUUCCCUUCCGCAGACUUCCAGAACCUGUUCUGGGGUUUCUCUGCUUUGGUCUCAGAUCUGAGUCCGGGUUCUGGGAAUUGUAGAAGCGGUUAGCAGGGGAUGACAGACGCCAGACGCAGACCUCCAGUUCUAAGACGGGAGGCCGUCCUCCUCACACCCCCGCAUCCCAGACCUCCUGGGCCCUGCAGGUGUCGCACCUGCAGGUGAGGCCACUCUCCUCACAAGUGCAGUGUGGUCACCCUGUCUUUUCUAGAAUAAAUGAAGUGGCUGCUCUGUGGCACAGCUGCUGACAUCCUUCGGGAGGGCGUCUCUCACCAACUGCCAAAUGAUGGGUGGAGUUAAGUUGUAGCAAAGUGACACUGGUCACAGGCAAGUUUCUGUCAGGCCUGUGAUCUUCGAGAGGUGUCCUCCUUCACAUUGAGGUGCGCCUGUCAACUCUCUGCAACCAUCUUGUUGCUUUAUUGGAGAGUGGGCAGGUAGAGUCCACGGUUCACAGCCCACCGCCCCAGCCCUGCUCUGGGCAACGCACUCCUGCUGCCCGUGGGCUGACACACACUGUGCCCACCUCCAGGCCGGCAGAGACUGUGUGCGGAUGGCCACACACACACAGCACUCCCUCCUCUGCCCAGGAUCCCCCUCCCAGUAAAGGGGGGCCAUGGCCAGCUAGACAAGCCCCCCAGGGGGGCCUUGUGGACACCACGACCUGUCAUGGUGCCAGCCAGGCCUUCCUGCCCCUUGUAGGUCUGGCUGCUAAGAUGAGAGAGAAAUGGAUGGAAGGAGAGAGGGUAAGGGUUUGGGUGUCUCUUUUCAGGGGCCAUUCAAAAGGCAGUACAUUCUAACUCUGUAGUCACGAGGCUCGAUUGAGAAAGGACACUGAGAUCAGCCGAGGCUGUGGGUGGUGGUGGUUCUUUAGAAUAUCUGAGAAAAGAAAUUCAGGAUGCUCACCCUUGAGCUGAGUUUAAUGUCACUGAGGCCUUAUGAAAUCAGGCUAAAGAUAUAUUUGAAGUCUUUUCUGCUUUAGUAGAAACAGGCAGGAUAAAACAAAGACAGGGAGAUGAUUAGGAAAGGGGAGUCAUUGAUAUUUGGUGGUGGUUUUCGGGUUGCUCCUAAGCUAAUGCUGGCGCUUGCACACUGGCAGCAGCAGCUGACUGGAGAUUUUCAGGAUCACUAGACGCUGACAUGCCCAGAUGCAUUCUAAAGUGGACGGUCCCCACUGGAAAGGGAAAACAGGGGUGGCGCUAAAAUUAGCUGCCACUUGGGGUUUCAGUUCUAAUUUUUAAUUUAAAAAGUAGAUGUCCUUGAAAUAAUUUAUCAAUAUAAUGAAAAAAUCUUAUAGCUUUGAAAUAAUUAAAUCCCUCUUUCUAAAAUCUAUCCAAGACCUUCUCCAUGUAUUCCUGACUCCUAAAAAUUACACAGCCAACGUGAUGUAUGAAAAUGUCCUACCUGAGGGUGGAGGCAGGGCUCUGCAGCAGGGAAUGCCAGUUCCCACAGCAUGGCCUCCCCUCCCCACACCUCCUCCCAAGACCAAGCUGAGCUUGGCUAAACACUGGGUGCCAAUGUAUGUGCAAUCAGCCUCAUUAGUCAGAUUUUGUAACUUCAAACCAAAUUCAAACAUUUGAGGGAAAGUAAACACAAUUUAAUUUUAAAAUUUACUUGAAAUAAAAGUGUAAUCUUGAUUAUAAUUUCACAUAUAGUAUAUUCAGCCAGCUAAACCAGUAAUUAGCCUCUAACGUGUAAAUAAAAGAGAAUGUCGAAGUUCACAAAUUAUUUUUCUUUGUUCCUCAAAGCAGUUUGACUUUUACUAGUUACUAGUGGUUUUUGAGAAGUGUGUGUAUUUCUAUGUCAAUGGAGAAGCCAUAUCUGAAAUAGUCUGAUAAUGUAAGAACUUAUAAAGAUUAAAGAAGAACCAAUAUAGCUUCUGUUUUAAAUGGAGUGAUAUUUUUAUCUGAUCAUUGGAUGUUAGACGAACGUGAUCUUCACUUACUCUAGGGGCUCCCUGCUCACACGGCCUAGGCGAUCAGCUCAGAUGACACCCAUCCAGCUGAGGGCUUUGCAGCUCUGGCGACAAGAAAGCAUAUUUGAGUUACUAACUUACUUAUUAACAAGCAGGUGGCUACUUUUCUAAAAUACCUGAGUUUAUCUUUUGAAUAAAAUUACUGUCUUACCAAAGUAUUUUACAUAUUCUUGAUAAUGAAGUUGUCACUUUCACUUUAAAAGGCUUGAGCAAUUGCCACUGAUAUUUUUUUAAAAUGCAUGACACAAUGGUCUUCAUACAACUUGAAAUAUUUUUUUAAACCCUGUUUCUUGGUAACUGCAAAUUUUACAUCUCAUGAAGGGGAUUUUGUACUAAAUUUAAUAACUAGUUGAAUUAAUUGCUAGAUUGUCUUAGAAUAAUAUAAAACUAUAAAGAUACUGUGCUAUAGGAAGUCAUUUCUAUUUAGACUCGCUUUUGUCUAUUACCUUGAUGUCUACCAGAACAUGUCCCAGAGAGCUCCCCUGAUGCUCCCACCUGGGACUGUGAGGCCUGCUUGACGGCUCAUCCUCCUGUUCAGCAUUUGCUUUGCCCGCUGGGUUGCCAUGACAACCCUUGAUCAGUGCAGCAGGGGAAGAUGCUGGUAGCAUGCUCUCCAGGGAAGGGCACCCGUGGGCUCUCACCGGCUCAGUGGCACUCUUCUGAGGUGACUGCAGCGAGGGCAGCCUACCUGGAGAAGGCAGCCUCAGUGGGGUCACUCCUUGACGCCCUGGUGCUCACGGCCAUGCAGCCAUCGCCCAGGCCCAUGGGGCUGCUGUGCCCCCAGGACAGCUGCGUCCUAGGUGGAGACAGCAUGUUAGAGCAGCCUUUGGAGCCAGAUGGUUUUGCAGCAUGUUCAAUUCUGCAAGGAAAAUCAGCAUUUUGAACUUGCGAUGGUCAGCAGCUGUUGCUAAUAUAGAAAAAUGCAGCUCUUUAAAGGCUUUGGGUUAAGAGCAGCACUUUUCCAUUUAAUUUGCUGUGUGACAGAACUUUUGAACUAUAGUUAUGAUAGACCUCUCAGAUAACCAGAUGCAAAGUACUUGAAAUCAUUAACUUCAAAACAGAAAAGCUGUCCUCCGCUUGAACACAGCGCUGCUUUCAAAGCGGACCCUCGCAGUCACUCACAGCAUGUGUCCAUCUCUGUGCUUCUCAGCUGCCUUGUUCAGAAACUGCCAUCUUGCGUGUGUAUUGUUGUAAAUGAGUCUGGCACCCAUUUAAACUAAUCAGCUUUUUUUUUUUUAAUGCUAUGAAAAUAGUUCAUUUCAUCUGAGUUUAAGUCUUUUCUUUUUUCCUUUUUUACUGCUGUCAUUUCUUGUG